UUACGUAUGAACGAAAUCGCACACGCUCGCACACACAACUUUACCUGCAGCCGUACACAGUGCUCGGCGUUCGAGCAAGCAAAAGAAAAGAAAGAAAAACCGCCCCGUGCACAAACCGUGCCCAAACGAUCUGUUAGAAAGUAGUGCAAACCCCCUAGCGUAAUCUGUGCUGAACGCGAGCCCUCAACAUAUCAACAAAAAAGGGAAACCUUCACCCAUCGAUCAGACCGGCGGAACCGUUUGUUUGGCACCCGAUAACAACACCCCGUAUUCGGAAGAGUGUACGUGUACGUAUGCAUGUGCCCAGCAGUAGUCGGCAGCACAUGAAAAGGUUGGUGGAACGGUGGUGGUAGCGGCGGUGACGACGACGACGGAGAAAGCGGCGACGACGAAGACGACGACGGGUCGUAAUUAAUUCCCACGUACGUGCGUGUGUGUGUGCGGGCGAAGCGGGUUUUUGCUUUGCUUGCGUGGAGCUGCAGAAUCUAGGGUAGGUCCGGUCGGUGGUCCGGUGAGCCCGAAUCGUGGCGGUGCCCGGUGUGCAUGCGAACCCAGACGCCGAGACGGACACGUAGCAAACUAGUAGAAGGGUAGGAUGCGUGUGACGAAUAUACGGGGUGGCCGGAUCUUCCGGAUGGCGGUUAGCCUGGCGAUCGUGAUCAUGAUACUGUACAUGAUCGCGACCUGGUCCGGUGUCGAUCAGCGCACGGUAAAGGACGUGUACAAUGCCCGGUUCGCGGCAAUGCGCGGCGAAGGGAAGGGUGGCGAGGCGGGCGGUACCGAGGAUCGGAGCCAUCCGAAGGAGGUACCGCAGCUGGUGGAAGGUAUGGGCAACUUCGAACCGGCCGAUAAACCACUGCCGGACGGGCCGGGUGAAGGUGGCAAGGCGUACGUGCUGCCGGAGGACCAACAGAACCGGGCGACCGAUGCGGAGAUGGAGUACGGGAUGAAUAUAGUGGUGUCGGAUGCGAUUUCGCUCGACCGGACAAUCAAGGACACACGGCUGGAGGAGUGCAAGCACUGGGACUACCCGUACAAUCUGCCCCGCACGAGCGUUAUUAUCGUGUUCCACAACGAGGGUUUCAGUGUGCUGAUGCGCACGGUCCAUUCGGUGCUGAACCGGUCGCCGAAGCAUCUGCUGCAUGAGAUCAUCCUGGUGGACGAUUACUCCGACAAGGAGGAUUUGAAGGGCAAGCUGGAACGGUACAUUGAACGGUUCGAUGGGAUGGUGCGGUUGAUCCGGAACAGCGAGCGGGAAGGUUUGAUACGGACGAGGUCGCGCGGUGCAAAGGAAGCGACCGGCGAGGUGAUCGUCUAUCUAGACGCUCACUGUGAGGUGAACAAAAAUUGGCUACCACCGUUGCUGGCACCGAUCCAUCGGGACCGGACGGUGAUGACGGUCCCAAUCAUCGACGGGAUCGAUCACAAGACGUUCGAGUAUCGGCCGGUGUAUGCGGACGGGCACCACUACCGGGGGAUCUUCGAGUGGGGCAUGCUGUACAAGGAGAACGAAGUGCCGCGCAGGGAGCAGAAGCGCCGCAAGCACGACAGCGAACCGUACCGCAGUCCAACGCACGCCGGUGGACUGUUUGCGAUCAAUCGCCGGUUUUUCCUCGAGCUCGGUGCGUACGACUCCGGGCUGCUCGUGUGGGGUGGUGAGAAUUUCGAGCUCAGCUUCAAAAUUUGGCAGUGUGGCGGUAGCAUCGAGUGGGUACCGUGCUCCCGCGUUGGCCACGUCUACCGUGGCUUUAUGCCGUACAACUUCGGGAAGCUGGCGAGCAAAAAGAAGGGCCCACUGAUUACGAUCAACUACAAGCGGGUAAUAGAGACGUGGUUCGACGGACCGUACAAGGAGUACUUCUACACGCGCGAACCGUUGGCCCGGUUUCUCGAUAUGGGCGACAUUAGCGAGCAGCUAGCGCUGAAGGAACGGUUGCAGUGCAAAAGCUUCCAGUGGUACAUGGACAACGUGGCGUACGAUGUGCUGGACAAGUACCCGAUGCUGCCGGCGAACGUGAAGUGGGGCGAGCUGCACAACGUCGGCAAGGAUAUGUGUGUGGAUGCGCUCGGGCGGCAACCGCCGGCCGUGAUCGGGCUGCAACCGUGCCACGGCCAGGGUCACAAUCAGCUGAUCCGGUUGAAUGGGGCCGGCCAGCUGGGAGUCGGCGAACGGUGCAUCGAAGCGUACAACUCGGAGAUUAAGCUGGCGUUCUGCCGGCUCGGCACGGUCGACGGACCGUGGCAGUACGAUGAACAUUCCGGCACGCUGCUCCACCGGACGCACAAGAAGUGUAUGGGUUACCAGCCGCAAAACCGUGCCCUAGCGCUAAUGCCCUGCGACAUGAACAAUGCGUACCAGUCGUGGAAGUUCCAGGAAAUUCAACCGCACUGGUAAACCGCUGAGAAUCAUCAAGUCUCUAGUAUACCCACCGCGACCUGAUGACUGGUGUUGAAGCCGUUCUGAACGUGGUGUCAUCGGGAGUAUACGGAGAAAACAAAAGGGGGCAAAUCACGGCGAAUUUGACGAAGUCUCACGCUUCAAGAAAGUCUGUUUUUUUUUGUUUUGGGUCUUAGGGGAAAUAAGGUGAUGUCGACUAGUAGGAUAUGAUGUGGUAGGUAGGCAGGUAAAACGGAUUAAGCAGGCUCGACAGAUGCGUUACAGGACUCGCUCACACUUUCUGUUGGCAGUUUUGAAUGUAACCCUUACUUUGCUGUUCUGUUGUUGGGGGGGGAAAAUCAUGGGCGAAAACUUAGCGAGCGAGCGGAGAAACAGUAGUGAGAAUUUAUUGAACAAUUAGUGAUACUUGAACACCUUCGAGCGGUGUUGUGAGAGGCGCAGUACAGCAGCAGUACCCCGACAAGCGUUUAAAUAAACUAUAAAGAACCAGAAUUCCAUUCUAAAUCUAUCAAGAAAAGCAACAAACAGAAAAAAAAGUAUUCUAAAACACUAAACUAGGCAAGCGGAAGCGAUCUCGUAUACCCACCCUUGCGGAGAGGGCGGGGGUGGAAGAGCCAGAAACAAAUCAAAAUCAGGCGUGGCGCGCUCGGUGGACAAUGUAAAAAAAAAGAGUGUAUACAACGCGCUGUAAUUAGUAGAAGUGUGAUAUGACGGGUGGGAAGUAACAAAACAAUUGGGAACUGAAUAACAUGGAGUGACUUAAUUUCAAUAAUUUUUUAUUGUUCAUUUUUUGUUUUGGGUCUUUAUAAGUCCAUAACGAUGUUCAGGAAAAGCCGGACACCCUCAAAUGCACGUGUGACUGCAAAAGCAACCAACUGCCACAUUCCAACAACGACGUACGCGCUGAACCUCUAUAUAAUCGUAGCCAUAAAGAUACGUUAAGUUUUUUUUUUGGUGUUGCCCUUUCUGCCUUCCCCAUCCAAUUAGUGCUCCAUUUGGACAGUUUUCGUGGUUUUGAAUCUGUAGCGCGACAUUAGCGACCAAUCAUUAUCAGUGGCGGGCCGCUUAGCAGUAGAUGAUCAAAGGAUGACACCCCUCCCGUGCGAUAAUACGAGAAGGGGUUGAAGAUAAAAUUGCAAUAAUAAAACCAUAGAUGCAAUUGUACGCAUCGAAAUACGAAA